CCAGUUUUUCCACAACCUCGGCAUACGCCAUUUGGCGUCUUGCUCCUAAUCCAUCUGACACUCUUUAUCCAUUCAGUAAAAAAAAAGUCUUUUUCUAAGAUCCCAAGUGAUAAGAGUUUCCACAGACAGAGGGGCAAUUGCUUAAGGAUCCUUUCACGAAGGGAUUCAAAGGCUUCUGUCGUCCAUCCAGAGUCUGCAGACGGCACAAAAAGUCUGGCGGAACAUGAUGGUAUCCUCAGAUUACAUCCUCCUUUUAUUUUAUUAUUCUGGUUCUUGUAAUUGGCAUCAAGAAAAGUCCACAAAGGUGAAAAAGUAAAUUGUACGCAGAAAGGACUCAGCAGCAAUUUAACAGACACAGGAGAGGGGAAAUCUCUCUACCUGGCAUCAUACAGGAGGGAGGGGGAACGAUAAACACCUGCUCCUGUCACAUGAAGCAUCUUCACCUUCGUUGCAUUGAACGGCGUCACAACAGAGAAGGUCACGAGGUCAAAUUCCGUGAUCGAGGGAUCUUGGGACUCAGUCCCGACCCCAGCAAGCGGCGGAGGGGUACACAGACUAAUACAUUGACCCAGGAAAGCCCAGAUUGGCUAGAAAAGUGAGGAAAUUGUGUGCGCACGCAGCUCAGCUGAGAGAUUUUGCGCGUGUGUGAGUUUGAAGUGGUUGAGUGGGGAUUAUACCACCAUCUGCAGUACUAAAGCAGUACUAGUAUUGUAAGUACUGCGCCUGUGUUUGUUGAAUCGUAGAGUGCCGUGAUCUAUAAAUUCAGUCAAGUGUUUCAGUUGACUCAGUCAGUUCGACUGGGAAUUUUCUGGAGUGCAAAUCAACACUUCACCUGGUGAGACAACAAAGGUGUCAAAACAUUUCUAAUUCUCUAGUGAGCUUCACUGUGAGGCAAGAGAAAGAGACUCGGAUUGAAGAUAAAACUGUGCUAUAAGAUAGAAAUUUAAUCAAAAGACUUACAAAAGAUACUACCAAGUGCAAGAGAUCCCAAUUCAAUUGUACAAUUCGAAGCAUCAAAGACUAUCCAUUGAUAGAUCAAUUUGAAGGAAAAGAGGACAACAAAGAGAAACUUUCCCUUUUUUCUUUUUUAUAUAUAUUUUUUGUUUCUUUUCGCGGGCGGAGACGGAGCCAACAACAAUUUCAGCUUCUGGGGGCUCUGAUCAUUGUAUGGAGCGUGAAACCAAGGCGACAAAGAGAGGGGACGAGCCGGGCCUGACAAAGUUGCAGGAUCGGAGUGACGUUGGACCUGUGAGUCCCAUUUCAAGUGACCGCCAAGAUGGUGGCUAUGUGCCAACGGUUGGCCGCUGGGGCUGCGAAUGGCCAAGUUGACUCGCCGAAGGGAGCCUUGGGUAUGGACUCCCUGUCACCAUCAGGUCGGUGGUGGGAACAUCAUGGCCUGAUGGAGUGACACCGGACGACCAUCGUGGACAGAGUCGAUGUGUCGCCGAUGAUGGAGCGGCCGCUGAACUGGCCCUCGUGUCCUCGACACGCUGGGCUGCGGCCGACUCCUAUCACUUGAGGGCUUUUGAUCAGCAGAAUGGUGCAUGGCCCAUUCGCCAUCCGCUACCGCUGCCCUGUUGGUCGUCCGACGCGAAGCCCCGGCUCGUGGUGGACAAGGUGUGGCAGUAUGAAGAGCUCGUGGCCAUCACCGAGACUGUCUUACAGCGUAUGCUGGAGGACACCUUCUACGACACCGUACACAACUUUCUGGAUCUCCGUGAGAGUUUCAGGCGUUCUGGCGGCAACGAUCUCCGGCUCUUUUUCCAAAACUAUACGCCACCUGUCAACAGGCGUCAUCACAUGUGUGUAAGCUUGGCUAUGGAGAUUGUAACGCGACUAGCGGAUGUUCUGCCAGCAUUGGCCGAGCAUCUAUUCAUUGUGUCAUGCGAGGAGGCUGUGGAAUCAGCUGACCCUUACAUCUCCAAUUGUCAGAAAGGCCGAAGCUUAGAAGGAGUAGCACACACGCUGGAAAAGGAGCACGCUCUGAUUGCCGUUCAUAUAAGCGUUGCUGGACGCGAAGGACUCAUGAUUCUCGACCCUGGGUACCAUGUAGCUCGGGCUGUCACCGUGAUGAAGGACCUAUGCUAUCCGCAUACUGGUUGGUUCACUCAGUCUGAUGAACCACAUUGCCGUCGUGAGUACUGCUACAGCUUUAGCACUCACAGCACUAACUUUGUGGAAUGGUCAGAGAGAACCACUCGCGGAUCGACCAUCAAUCACGAACUAGCCCUCAUCUAUGUGGAGCGCCCAUAUAGAACAGCAAUAGAUGUAACAGUGCGUAGGAAUCUGGUGUACAACUUCCGUUCAUUGCUGGCUAGGAAUGCCAAGGGACGCGUCUGUGCGGGAAUCUACUUCCCUGUGGUGCCCGGACCUGAGGCACAGUUGACGCUCUUCUAUGAUGGCGCCAAUAGUGCUAGUGUAAAGGUCAAGGUCAAGUUUUCCACUUUCAACCGACGCGAUGCGCUCAAAAUUAGGAAAGACAUAGGUGAGAAGAUGAAGAAGAUAGAUUUUUACCUUUCUAAUCUUCAUCUUAGCUUCAUCUUUUCUAGCCUAUGGAAGAGAAAUGGUAAAAGUCCUUUACUAUUCUACUGGCUUCAAAUUGAAGAAUAAUGCAUAGAAUUCACUAAUUUGUUUGGCUUUUUUAUAAAAAAAAACAAUUUAAUAUUCCAUGUGGGGUAUUGUACGUUUGCAUACUUUACUUACAAUGUUCUACGUGAAUGUCUUUAGCUCAAAAGUUUGGGUGCUUUCGUAUACAAAAUUCUAAUUUGGAAAUUUUAAUAUGUAAAAUUAGUUUCAGAUUUAAAUGCUUGAUUCACAAUAUCUCAAACUUUUUGAAAAAUAUUCUAAUUUUUGGAAAAUUUCAUGGAUAUGUGAAUGAAGCAUGAAGAAUAUCCUGAAAUUUUGAUAAAUUCCAGCGUAAAUUAUUUACGCAUUAUUGCAAGAAAAUGGUGAGUUGUUUUUAUUUUAAACUUCAUAAUAUUUUUGGGAAAAUAUUAGGAGGUUUUUUUUUGUUAAACCAAUUUUAUCGGAAAUACUUUUAUCGGUUUAAAUCUUUUAAUGCUUUAAUUUAAAAUGUCAAAAUUUCAAAAGAUUUUAAGAUAGAAAAAUAUGCUAAAAUCACGCUUUUUGUAUAAUUUUUAAUUGAUAAAUCUUCAUUUGAAUUUACUAAUCGUUUUGCUGCGUAUCGAGCUAUUUCGUGAUUACAAAAGAAUUUUUUCCCGAUUUUUUUACUAUUAAUUUCUUAACUUUACAUGCUUUAACUAAGCUGCAUUUGCCCUAAGUUCUUAUUCAGCGUAUUUCCGAAUUGGUUUCGCAAAUUAAUAUUGGGAACGAUCUUAAUAAGUUGAACAGGAACUGUUGACCUGUUGAGAGGUUGAUUUCGAAAGGAUCCCGCGAAAGUGUCUCUCGAAUUCGAGAAAUUUGCAUGCUUUCUUUUUUGCCGGAGCUCCCCAGAAAUUAUUUCGCUAACCUUCAAAUUAAUCUACCCAACAGCUUCCGGAAACCAUUGCCGGCCACGUAAGUCACCUUUCCAAGCAAUUGCGCAUGGAAUUCGGGGAAUUGCUGGAGCUACUUCAUGAUCUUGCAGACGUUGUGGCUGAUCAGGACUUCUUGCAGCAGACGCUGGCCAUUAAUGAGACCAUUACGGAGAUGUCAGCAGACAAUUAAGCAGUUAUUGGAGGCACAUUAAAAAAAAUAAUUUUUUCAGCAUUGUAUUUCAACUAUUCCUCAAUCAUUUGCACUUUAAACUUCUUGGAGACACUGAAGACAACAAAUAUUUUUCUUUCCCUACAAUAAUCUAUAAUUAUCUAAUAUUUUCACCAUAAUAUUCUGCUUCUGAAAUAAAACAAUCUCUAGUGCUGAAAA